AUGAAUGUAAAUGGCUUUCAAAAUCUUCAGAAGCAUGUCAGGCAAGUCUUAAAAUCGAUUUUUAUCAAUUUUGUUCAUCUUUUUUAGUAAUUUUAUCCGGAACUCUCGAAAAACAGCAUGUGGACCAAAGGGAGUCGACAAUAUUUCGGUCGCAGCUGCUACAAUGAUGGAACUACACUGCAAAAAAGAGUUCCGUAAGUCUUUUACUCCUUAUUUGAUUGAGAUUUAGGUAAAACAGGGCUUAUUGACUUCGGUUUAUAUUAUUUGCAUUUCAAUUUCAGAUCUUGUGGACAAGUGUUGUGUUGAACAUGAUAAUUGCUAUAAUUGUGGAGGCAAAUCGCAACGGCAGUGCGACCAGAAGUUUAAACAAUGUCUAAUUGUAAGUUGAAAAGCCUUUACGAACCCGUUUUAUCAAUGUUCUUCAAAAUCCGAGCCAUUUUCCUUCAGCUGUCUGGUACAAUAUAAUUUUUCUUCCAGAAAGCCAGCGGUAACAAUCAACUCUGUACCUCUGUUGGCGAAAUGUUCAGCACGGCCGUGGAGAAGUUCGGAAAAGCAUUUUUUAAAACCAACUGCGAGCUUUAA